AUGGGGAUAUGUAUGACGCAGAGCCAUACAGGACGCAUUUGCUCUAGCAACGUACAGGUGUUGGCAAAUUUGAUCCAGACUCAAAGGUCUAUAGACAAUGGGAAUACAAGCACAGAAAUUAUACCCGACCCGCUCAAUUUGAUCAUGAUUGCGAAUGAGUUCAGGGAGAAGAUCGUAUUCAAUGGUCUGAUAUAUAUCGUGGUGGCAUUGAUGUUCAUUUGUUCCCUACUCCUAUCGACAUUCCCUGGAUGGCAUCACGAAGUUGGUGAUGACGGCUCUGUGUACGAUGUGAAGCCACUCCCUGCUUCGAUUAUAGUGUCGGCUUGUUUACUCGCUGUGAGUGCCAGCUUUGGAUUUGGUCUUAUCUCCAUACUAUGGCAACACGUCAACAGCAGUGCUACGGCGACAAUGACUGAAAUCCUCAAUUAUGGCGCUGUCUCGGGCCAUGUGGGAGGCGUAGCGAUGGCACUGGGAUGGCUCGCUAUAGGACUGCUUGCGGUCGUCUGUAUGGGGCUUUCCGUGGUGAAAUUGCAAUUGACUAUCCUCCAGCCCAUUGAAGAGGAUUAG